AGAUGUCAUUUAAUGAGCGAGGCUGGGAAUUUUUGUACCCAAACAUUUGAAUAUGCAAAGUUGUUUGUAUUUUAUGCAGAGUUUAUGGUCACACCCUUUGGAAAUUAUGCUAUAGCUCUAGAGCACAUAUUAGGGCGCCCAAAUAAUUUCCAAUCUCUAUUCCAUUCUUUGGAUUUUGAUUUUUACUGUGUUUGUUGUUAAAGGAAAUCAGCCAAUUUAAAAUGUCAAAUAUCUUUAUGAAUCGUGACUUGGUGAGGUCAGCGGUCCUGGAUGUAGAAAACUUUCUACAAUCAAAUUCCGCUGAUGACGAUACCAUGAACUCGCUAAAAUUGAUAAAGCACGCAAUUGUUGCACUCGAUAACUUGAAAGUUAACUAUGAUAUCCGCUCCACAUCAACACUUGUUCCAUCAGCCCAGGAUAAACACUCACAAAUACAGUCGGAUAUUUCAUCUGGAACCAUUCCAAAUGCAGAUUUAAAGAAUAACUGGAGUUUUACUUUGAAGGAUUUCGCAGAUAGUUUGCUACAUAGUCCAUUAUUUUCACAGUGCUGUGCUAGAGAAAGCGUGCAUCCUUUUGAUACAGAACGUACUGAGUCCGUCCAUGUGAAUGAUACAAACCUACCAUCGGAUGAAAAGACUGCUGAAAGUAACCGUAGCGGCGUUUAUAAUAGGCACUUUAUUGGAAAGAGUAAAAGGAAUGUAACUUUGAAGGAUGAGUGCGUAGAGGAAUAUAUGAGACAACUUGGAAACAAUUGGCAUUUGGAUAUACUUGCACUGGCCAAUCUACCCUCCGUACUCAGCGAAGGGCCUAUAAUAUCAAUAGGUAGACACCUGUUGAAACCAAUUGGAGAUACUAUUGAUCCCAAUUUUAACGAACUAGUGCUUCCAGUUUUAAGGGACAUCCAAGAUGUAUAUAUACCUAAUCCCUAUCAUAACGCUCUCCAUGGUGCCAUGGUCGGACACCUUUCACAGGUGUUGUUUAAAGCAAUUCGUUCUGAAAGAGCCUUUACACCUUAUGAAGAGCUUGGUUACGUUCUUGCUGCUCUGGGACAUGACGCUGGGCAUCCCGGUAAGACCAACACGUUCCUAUCUCUAACCAGUAAUCCGUUGGCGCUUAUUUACAAUGACAAUAGUAUUUUGGAAAACUAUCACUCAUCUCUAGUUUUCCACAUUAUAAGAUAUCACUCAAAGUUUUUCAAUUUGAUCCCAUCAAAAGAGUGGGAAAAGAUUCGUAAGCGUAUGAUUCAGCUAAUUUUAUCAACGGACAUGACAACCCACUUUACACACAUUAACAACGUCAAGGCACGUCGUGAGAGUGGCUCGUUUGAUAUUAAGAACGAUGAUGAUUUCUGGCUGUUGAUGGUUCUUUGUAUAAAGGUGGCAGACAUUGGACACAACUUUUUGCCCUGGGUGGAUCAUAUAUCUUGGACAUCUCUAUUAUUUGAAGAGUUUUACCUCCAGGGUGAUGAGGAGCGCUUUUUGUCAAUGCCAUUAUUACUCUUUUUUGAUCGUACAAAGGCCGCAGAUAUCCCAGAUUCUCAACUGGGUUUCUUCCAGGGCUUUACGAAACCCCUUUUGGACGAACUGACUAUAUUUGAGAACGAGUCAAAGUUUAUAUCACGUGUGUUGCUGGGUAACGCAGAGAAGAACCUAAAGUAUUGGAAAGACUCAUCCUUGAAGAAUAUUGAGGACAUCUUACGUGAUUUAGACUCAUCAGGGGAGGAAUUAGCCGUUGAAGACCAAUAUGUAGAUUAG